ACUUUCACAUUCUACUCUAGAAAUCCGACGCAGAAGAGCCCCCGGCAAGAGCUCCCAAAACAGGAGAAACAGGCUUUUCAAAGAACUCGCAGAGGAAUCGAAAACUUUCGAUAGUGUCGCAGAUACAUUUACGCAGGCCCGUGGCUCAAACGAGAUCCACACAUGCGUCUAACAGGAUCUCAGCACCGAUAUAAUGGACGCGACACUACGAAUGCUUGAUAUCACCUUCGAUCUCGAAACCACGGACUCAGAUAUGCUUAAAUCCAUCCGAGAAGCAAGAGACAGCGUUCACCACAAACGCAACGUGUGCCUGCGAGUCGCUACUGUAGGGGAAGGCGUAGCAAUUGGAAUGAAACUUGUUGGUAAAGCGGAGGUUGGUUUAAGUGUGGUAGUGUGCCCAGCACUUUCACUUGUCUGUGCCAUUGGUCUCGGGGCCGCCGGCUACAAUCAUUGUAGAUACUCGAAAGCUGAAACGGAAAGUGAGAAACUCCAGAACGGUGAGUAAAUCAGGAUGAAUGAAUAUAUUUUACGACUAACGUAGGGACCAGUUGGAGAGCUCGUCCAGGAAAUUCAUGAU